CAAGAGCCAAGCCACCCGUUUUCUUUGGUGAUCUUGCAGGGCUCCCACGACGAUGACAAUGUAUGACGCCCACGCUAGGGCCCCUGACCAUAUGCGAGAGCUUUUCAAACAAUGGCGGAAACGGCCUGCAGCAGAAAUAGAAGCCGACGAGGACAUCAUUGACCCACGAAACCCAGAUGUCAACAAAAUCUCCGCAUUACCGGAGUCUGAAGUUCUUCGCCAGAGCGACUUCGAGGCUUUGACCGCGGACUUGCUCGAUAAUGCCAUGGACGGUCUGACGCAAGUAGUCCAAGACGUUUCAUUACCACCGCGAACCGCCUUCGAGGUGAACGGAUUACCUGGUCUUCGGGUGUUUCCCUCCCUCUUCCCUCCUCGGCUUCAGCUUGCUUUACUGGAUAGGCUACUUCACCGUGAUCUCUCUAAUCCUGCGCACAAGACUAAUCUUAAUCACCAUCAUCAUAUCUCCUGCCCGCAAAAUGUUGACAAUCCUUCGCGUUCCUCUUUCUUCGCCUCAGGCCUCAAUACGAUGGUUUACCCAAAGGAUCCUGCAACCCACAAACCCAUGACCUCGGCGCAGAUGCUUGAAACGAAAUUGCGAUGGGUGACCCUUGGAGGUCAAUACGACUGGACGAACAAAAUCUAUCCCGAUGGCGAACCACCACCGUUCCCUCGCGACAUAGCUGCUCUGUUGAAGAAACUGUUUCCAACGGUUGACGCCCAGGCCGCCAUUGUCAACUUUUACAGUCCUGGAGACACGUUGAGUGUGCACCGAGAUGUCAGCGAGGCAUCCAACAACAGCCUCAUCAGCAUCAGUUUUGGUUGUGAAGGUAUCUUUCUCGUGGGACACGAAGACCAGGCCGACGCUGCCGUCAUUCGCUUGAGGUCGGGGGAUGCCAUUCUCAUGUCUGGAAAAUCCAGAUAUGCUUGGCAUGGCGUGCCAAAGAUUCUCCCUGAUACGUGUCCUGCUUGGCUGCAAAACUGGCCAGAUACAGGGCAUGCUGGACCAUACCAGCAGUGGCGAGGAUGGAUGAGCAAGAAACGAAUCAAUCUCAAUGUUCGCCAGAUGACCGCAUGAAGACCGGGUGUUUGACGUUCAAGCAGUCUGACGAUGGUGAACAAGCCGG